GUGGGUCUUGAUAGAGGAACAAGGCCAAUAAAUAUGAUAUCCAAUGCCUCACUAUGUUCAACUACUUCAUAGCUAGCUAUGGCGGAUGACGACUCCUACGGUGAAUACCAUAGGCGUCCUUUCUUCAUCAAAGUGUUUUCCGGCUCUCGCAACAAAGAGGAAUUGGUAUGCUUCAAAGUGAUUUUCGACUUUUCACAUUCUCAAACUAGGUCCAUCGAACUACCUUUCCAUGUGUUUCUUAUGUGUAGCGUCUACCUCCACAAUGGGUUGCGGAAUAUGGUAAUGACCUGCCGUUCGACUGUCAACUCGUGAUGCCGAAUGGAACCCGGUGGCAAGUCCGCCUGAUGCAAAUAGCCAGUGGAUGCCACUUUUGCGUUGGGUGGUCGGAAUUCUGGCGUGGGAAUAAUAUUUCCCAUGGUUAGAAACUAACCUUCACCCUAGUCGAUGUGGGCAUUUUCCACGUAAAAAGAUACAAGUCGGGGACCGGUUGCCCGCCACGCGGUGAUCUCGAAAUGUUGACAGAGGAGGAAGAGGACAAUGAGGUCUACACCCCUGACAUUGAAUCAUCGGACGAUAAUCCCCCAUCCGGCGUAGAAUCCGACUCAGCCGACGACAGUGAUUACGACGAUGAUAGAGGUGCGGUUGAUGACGACAAGUAUCCCACAUGGACGUUGAAACUGACCAAGUCAAAUACCAAGCGAACUAUAGAAAUACCCAUUGACUUUUGGCAAGUCCACCUGCGUUCCGCCCCACAGCAAAAUGUCGUGCAUUUUCUUGUUGACGGGCAAACAUGGCGGCUCCUACUCAAGUAUAGCCCGGGCAAGAUCUGGGUCAAGCAUGGUUGGCGCCUCUUCAAAGAUGCUAACGCGUUGUUCCCUGGUGUUCGUUGCCACUUUGAGCUCGUCGAUGCUCAGGACAUCCAGUUUUAUGUAUGGUUUGAUCGUCCUUAAGAAGCGUGUGUAUUUUCCUUGUGCCACGGCUCGUUGUUGUUGGUGUGGUUUGUUGUGUUUGUUUAUGUUUUUGAACAAUGUGUUGUGCGAAUUUUCCAUUGUGUAUUAAAAUAACCACUUAGGUAUUGUCUGUUCUUGUUUCCACUUAAUGUUAACACUAGA